GGGAAUUUAGUAACAGUAUCUACCACGGUUACCUACCUGGCACAAGACCACAAGAGAGCUGAUAUUUUUGGAAUUCUGGUCGGUGGCUUGUCAAAUUUGUUAGGACUUUUUAGGGCUUUGGACUUCUGCCUUCCGAAGUACCGGCUCGGUCCCAGAGUGUGUCAAGAGAAGAUUGAGCAUAAACCCUGAGCGCGAUAUUUGUAUCAAGUAUACUUUACUCUAAUCGGGGGUUGCUGUGAAGAGAAAAUCAGGCCAGGUUAAAUGCUAAUUAGCCCAGACACCGAAUUAGUGAAAGAAAUGAUAGAUUUGGGUGUCUUCACUAUUCGGGAGUGUUGUGAACUCGUUUCCAUACCGCCAUAAUGACCGCUGGGGGUCUCACUGCUGAGAAAGACAGAGAAGAGUCGCAUUCAUAUAUGGUUGUGGCAUCAACAUUAUUCUAAUGACCAUGCCCUGCUGUUCGGCCGCCCUCCACCUAAAAUUGCAGCUCUCUCAUUAGUUGUUUGGACGCGUUACGGCACACGCUUACAAAUUCAGUCCUUUGCGUCCGGUGGCAAUUUUUUUGUUUUUACUUUCGAUGCAUGAGAGUUUGAGGUUUUCAGCCGCUGAGCAGGCAUCCUAAAAGGAUCAUUUGCAUUAUGGCUUCGGAUCUAGAAAAGAACAGACGGCGUAUGAAACAGCUUUUGGAGAAACCUGGGAAUGGAAACUGUGCCGACUGCGGAGCCGCAGACCCGGAGUGGGCAUCCUAUACCCUGGGUGUGUUCAUGUGUCACAGCUGCUCAGGCCUCCAUAGAAACAUUGCUCAGAUCAGCAAGGUGAAGUCUGUCCUUCUGGAUCCCUGGAGCUCAUCUGAGGUGGAGUUUAUGGACUCUGUGGGUAACAAUGCUGCCAAGGCCAAAUAUGAACAGAUAGUUCCUGCCUUCUACUACCAGCCCACACACAAAGACUGCACGCUCCUGAGGGACCAAUGGAUCCGAGCCAAGUAUGAGAGAAAGGAGUUUUUGUGUGUGGAGAUGCAAGAGCCCUACUCGGCAGGCUACAGGGAGGGGUUUCUAUGGAAACGUGGCAGAGACAACGGACAGUACCUCAGCCGGAAAUUUAUUCUGUCAGAACGGGAGGGUGUUCUGAAGUACUUCAACAAGCAUGAUGCCAGAGAGCCCAAGGCGAUAAUGAAGAUCAAUUCUGUGAAUGCCACAUUCCAGCCAACUAAAAUCGGCACUCCCCAUGGCCUGCAGAUAACCUAUCUGAAGGACAACAGCACCAGGAAUAUCUUUGUUUACCAUGAGGAUGGAAAGGAAAUGGUGGACUGGUUCAAUGCCAUCAGAGCAGCCAGGUUUCACUACCUGCAGGUGGCUUUUCCUGGGGCUCUCAUCUCUGAUUUGUUGCCAAAGCUAACCAGGAACUACAUAAAGGAGGGUUACAUGGAGAAGACUGGUCCAAAGCAUACAGAGGGCUUCAAGAAGAGGUGGUUUACGAUGGAUGACAGGAGGCUCAUGUACUUCAAAGAUCCACUGGAUGCUUAUGCACGAGGCGAGGUGUUUGUUGGUGGUAAGGAGAACAACUACACUGUGCUUCCUGGCCUCCCACCUGGCAUUCAGGGCUACCACUGGCAGUUUGGAAUUACCAUAGUGACCCCAGACAGGAAAUUCCUUUUUGCAUGCGAGACUGAAGCGGAUCAGAAAGAUUGGAUAGCUGCAUUUCAGACUGUUAUUAACAGACCGAUGCUUCCUCAGGAGUAUGCAGUGGAGGCCUAUUUUAAGCACAAACCAUGACUGUCUCAGUGACUGAAGAACUACUGAUGCAGGAUAAGGAGCAAGAAGUGGAGCUGGAAGAAGAAAAGGACCUGAGAUAUGUACGUGACAUCUCAUAAUCGAAGCUCUUGUAAAAUGAAUUGUGGCAGAGAAAAGAACUUACAGGUGAGACAGCUUCAGCUGCAGUUACCAUUCCCACAAUUUACUCUACCUGUCAUCCUGCUCAACUUCACUUACAUUAUGUGCCAGACCCAUUUUUUAGGGAGUCAGAAUCACUUGUUAGCUCCUGAAUGUUAGCCUAACUCACUCGUCUGUCAUGUCAUGUGACUUACAUACUUGAAACAGGUUAGUUAUCCUGACCUGAAUGUGCAGAAGUUAUAUAUGUAUGCCUUUUGUGUAGGAAUCAGAACUGUUGCUGCUCAGACAUGAAGACAUUUCACUGUGGUGGUCUCUCUAUCAUAAUGAAUAUUUUCCUUGAAUUUCAACCUAGUCUACAAACUGUGCCAUUCUGGCCAGUUAAAGGCAUACUAAAAAUAUGAUCUGACACAGGACUGUAUUAUGUUGGUAGGAAGGAAUAAUACAUAGUCUACUGAUACUCUCACACAUCCUCACAUUUAUUUCCAUGUAUGAGUACAAUGAUAUUUAUUUCUCAAUUAAUUUAUUUUUUUUAACUGUCUAAUUUGUUAUCUGCAGCUUUCAAUGUUAAUGGUAUCAAGCACUGCAGGUACAGUAAGCCAUUUGUGCUUUUUGUACAUCUUCAAACAGCUGAAUGCAAACAGCUUAGUGUGAGGUUUAUUACUAGUUUAUUAUACUCCUUUAUCUAAUUUUUUAAAACUAUAAAAACAAUGGGUUAAGCGUUUGCGUUCAUGUCAUAUUAUUAUUUAUCCACUAGAGGGAGACAGAUGAAAGGUUUUUAAACUUAUUACGACCUCCUCACAAAAACUCCAGGACAUCGCUAACCUCCUCAAACCAGAGACUGGAUCUGAGGGUGGACAUGUUAUAUAAUUUGUGUGCUGAGGAGAAAGAUGUGAAGAUGUUCUUGAACAGUGCUGAGAAGAGAGCAGUUCAUUCAGAUAGAAAGAGCUGGGGUCAAGCAAGUAAUGUGAGCACAAAUCUGUCCUGCUUUAGUGUCACUAAAGACGCUAGCUAUUUGCACACACUGUUUUGUGACAUGCUCUAAACUCACUGAAGUCAUGUAAGAGGAGAAUCUGUGUGUAAUCAAAUCUGAAAUAUGGUCAUUAUUAAAAGGGUAAAAGCCA